AGGAGAGUAUGGCACAGGACACUGACUCUGCAAAUAGACUGCUCAGAUUCAAGUAACGUUGGGCAAUAACUAGAAGAUGGCUAACUACAACUUGGUUUACUUCGAUCUUAGAGGACGAGGAGAGAGCAUAAGAAUGGUUCUUGCUUUUACAGGAGUAAAGUAUACUGAAGAACGAGUAACUAUGGAAGGAUGGCCAGAAAUCAAAUCAAGUGGCCGAUGUCCCUUUGGACAGUUACCCUUAUUAGAGCUUGGCAACGGGCGUGUUAUCAGCCAGUCUGUUGCAAUACUCAGGUUUCUUGCUCUGGAAAAUGGGGUAGCUCCUGACAAUGCUUACGAACGUGCAAGAGCUGAUAUGAUUGUAGAUUCUGUCAAGGAUAUGGAAGACAAGAUGGCAAUGCUUUAUUGGGAAAAGGAUGAACAGCGCAAGGCACAGCUGAAUACAUCAAUUUAUGAUGACAAUCUUCCAAAGCUGAUGGGAUUCUUAACCAAAAUACUGGAAGGAAACAAUGGUGGGAAAGGAUACCUUGUGGGAAAUAAGAUUUCCUAUGCUGAUAUCAAUGUGUUUGGUUUUUUCAAUGGAUAUCUUGGAGGAGGAAAGUUAGAAGUUCCUGAGCAAAUCAAGGCAUUUCCUCUCCUGGUUGAUUUGUACAACAGAGUCAUGAAUGAACCUAAGAUUCUAGAAUAUCUUAAGAAUAGAAAACCCAAUCCAGAUUGGUAUCCUUACUAGAUAAUCUUGUCCUCAAUGUUCUAGCAAAGGUGAGAAACCUAAGAUCUUAGAAUAUCUUAAGAAGAGAAAACUCAAUCCUGAUUGGUAUCCUUACUAGAUAAUCUUAAUUGUCUUCAAUGUUCCAGCAAAGCUUUUUAAGGGGUUUUUAAUCAUUUUAAAUAAAAUUGCAUGGUUAACCUUCC